AUGAAUCAAGCGCAGGUUACCAAGUUAGUUUCUAAAUUACGAAUAAAAGUAGCUCCAGAACCCCGAAGACUUAGAAAUCCAAAAGGUCCGGAAGGCAGAUUGGAUAAAUUACGAAAAACUGUGACGGGAUUAAUAAAAUUCGAAAGAAUUGAAUUAAAUUUCAACAGAGCAGAUGAAGCCCGACAAUAUGCUGAAAGGCUCAUAUCAGAAGCCAUUGUUCAUGGCGAUUGCCAUAAGCCAACAAUGGAGAUUGCAGAUUACUGGUUACUUGAAAAGGAACUAAUACAUAAAUUGUUUAAAGUCCUUGUACCAAGAUAUGAAAAUUGUAAUACUGCUUUUACAAAAAUGUAUAGAGCACCAAGACCAUUAUACAGUAGAAAUAUUGAAAAGGCAGUUUUGGAACUUAGAGGAAAUCCGUACCCAUCUCUGAUAAAUAAACAGUACAGUAAUAGACACUUAAUCCAAAAUGUAUUAUUAGAUGCCGCUAAAUAUGAUUACAGGCAAGCCAAAUAUGCUGAAAUGGCUGAUAAAAUUGGGAAAACUGAAAACCAGGAGUUGAACAAAUUGUCUAAAAAAGACGAAAUAACUACCGAAUAA